AUGGACGGCGAGCUUGAAAUCGAGCUAUUAAAAUGCGUCAUGAACCGCCGAAGAGAAAUGCAGAGAUACCCAAAGCUAAGAGGCCACUAUCGGCAUUACCGUCAAAGUAUGGAUCUCGAUAAUACAAUAGAUAUCUGCACAAGAAACUUGAAAAUUGACCAAAAUAACCAAAGAGCGCUGUAUCUCCGAGCUUCUUCUUAUCUUAAAAAAGGAAUGCUGGAAGAAGCUUUGACAGAUUGUAAUAAGCUUAUAGAAGAUGACAAAAACUUUGUAGGUGGAUAUUACAUCAGAGGAUGCACAAACGAAAGACUUGGAAACUUUGAAAAAAGCAUUGAAGACUUCACCACAGUUUUGCAGCUAGAUCCUAACCACAUUAACGCAGCUUAUGCUAGAGGUGCCUGUCAAAACAGGAUAGGAAAUUUUGUGAAGGCGUUAGAAGACUAUUCAAUGGCCUUAGAAAUUGAUAGAGAAAGAGUACCAUCGCCUUACAAAAAUAGAAUUUCUGGAUCAACCUCAACAGGACUUAGCAACCCAGGACUAGAUGAUUUUCAUGUAACGCUAAAUGACGAGCCUUUGUCUGCAAGGCUUGAAGACGAAAGCAAUGAAACAGCGGAAUCUUUGUACGCCAAAGGGGUCGGAGCUCAGAAAAAUGAAGAUUAUAUGGAGGCUAUUAAAUAUUACACGAAAGCACUGAGCAUUGAUCCCUCACAUUUCAAAUCUCUUUUCAAUCGCGCCUUUUCUUAUGACAAGAUGGGAAGGCUAGAAGAGGCUGUUAUUGAUUAUACGUCAGCACUAAGUAUCGACUCAAACCAUGCAAGUGUCUAUUUCAACCGUGGGAUAUCAUAUGAUAAAAAGAAAGAAUACUUAUCAGCAAUAAAUGACUUCACAACUGCAAUAAGGCUCAAUCCUUAUAAAGCUGAUUUCUAUCAUAAUCGUGGACUUACUUAUAAAAAAAUAGAAGAGUGUGAUAAGGCUAUCCAAGACUAUUCCCAUGCAAUUAGAAUUGACCCUCGCCAUGUAAGAGCUUUUUUCUCUUGUGCAGUGUGCUUACUCUUCCCUUCCCUCCGUGCAUGAACAAAAAUCAUUAGAAAAGCUCCUAUUUUUUGGCGAAUAAAUUUGCUUAUGAAAAAUAUUUCUAUAUAUAUAUAAGUGAUAAUUCUUAUAAUAAAAUCUCUCGCUAAUUCUGUUUAAAUUUUAAACAGCUAUCAUUUAAGAUAUAAAUUGUGAUUUUUACUUUUCAAUUUUUGGGAUCGCGAUUUCCAUUUUUAUAUUCGAAAAUAAAUUUAUUUAUUACAAAAUUUAUAUAUAAAAAAAUAUUAAUCUCCCUCCGUAAGUGAACAAAUUUUUUAUUCGCCCACAGAAAGAAGGGGGAGCUAGAAACCCUUAAUAGGCUAGAGGAAGCAGAGGAGUAUUAUUUUUGCGCCCUAGAAAUCGAUUCUAAAAAUCUCAAAAUAAUAGAAAGACUUGCGAACGUCCAAGAAAAUAGGGGAAAAUAUGAAGAAGCUAUAGAAACUUACAACAAAGCACUUAAAAUUGAUAGCAAUUAUGCACCUGCUUACAAUGGCAGAGCCAUUAUUUGGGACAAGCAAAAAAAAUACGAGCAAGCACUCGGAGACUUCACCAGAAGUAUUCGACUUGACAAUCGAAACGCGACGUAUUUCCACAACCGUGCAUGCUGCAAGAGGAACAUGAAUUUAUUAGAAGACUCCUUAGAAGACUUCACAAAAGCUAUUGAAAUCGACCCAAUAAACUCCAAAAUUUACAACAGCCGCGCAUGGGUUUGGAGGAAGCUGAAACAAUUUGAUAAAGCGAUUGAUGAUUAUUCUAAAGAAAUCACAUUAGAUCCUACUGUAAAAGCGUAUACUAGUAGAGCUUAUUGUUAUGCAAAGAUCAAUAAGUUCAACGAAGCAGUCAAUGAUUAUUCUUUUGCUAUUUCUCAUGAGCCAAACGAAGCGGAAAAUUAUUAUAAUAGAGGGAUUGCAUAUGAAAGAUCAGGAAAAUUUGAGCAGGCUAUAGAAGAUUUUGGAAAGACAAUUGAGCUCGAUCCAAGCUAUGGGGACGCGUAUUUUAAUCGAGCAUGCUGCUAUGAUAAUAUUGGAGAAAUAGAGUUAGCAAAAAAAGAUUAUGAGAUGGCUUCACAAUUUGAGGGAGGUAAUAAACCAAAAUAA